CAUGGCGUUCAUGUGUGCGUGUGUGUGUGCGCGUGCCGGUAAGGGUAGAUCCCGGGAGGUUAGUUGAUCGAAAAGUAGAUCUUCGGUCCAAAAAGUUUGGGCACCCCUGUAUAAAGAUGUAACUUAACGAUAAGCUAAGAGUUCCAUUUUGUUUUAUUUUUGUAAAUAGUAAUACGCACACAAUAUGCGCUUGUCACUGUGAGCUAUUUUCAGGCAGACCACGUAGGUCUGCCUGAAAAUUUCAGGUGUUUUCACCACGUUGGUGACACCCGCUUUAAAGUUUGCUUGAAUUUCUGUGUGAACAUCAGAUGUUUUAAUUGAUUCAAAUUGACCAUAAAAUACUGUACGUUCUGCCAUUAUGAUAUCCUGAAAUAUAAUUUAGAAUAGGUUUUAAUUUGUAGAUAUGAUCUCCACACUAAAUAGUUUAUACCCUUGUAGCUGUUGAGAAACCACGCGUGAACUGUUCAUUUAAUGACUCACAACAAACGAAGUAACGAGAAAACAAAGGCUUGUGGGUUUUUUUCUCCCUAUAAACUUCUACUCAAACUGUUUUUACAAGAGUUCCAUGCAUGUUUAAAAACCGGCGUGUGACAAAUGUAUGUGACCCAGAAUUUUCAUUAUGGGAGAAUCUAGCCUAGGCAGUCUGUGUCUUGUGUAUCCACAGCAUGCUGAGUAUGCAGAUUAUAAUGACAGAGUGAGGCCAAAUGACAGCUAUAAUAAUGUUAUCAAAUGCAAUUUGUUGUCAUUCAGGAAAUCAAGCUGCCCUCCUUCAAAGGCCAGUCCCCUCAGCUCAACUUGAGGCGAUACUUUGCAGACCUCAUAGCCAUCAUCAGCAACCACUUCCGGCUGUGUCCCACAGCUCGGCACCUUGCUGUUUACCUGCUGGACCUUUUCAUGGACCGCUACGAUGUCACGGUGCAGCAGCUCCACAUGGUCUCACUCUCAUGUCUUCUUUUGGCCAGUAAAUUUGAGGAAAGGGAGGACAGGGUUCCAAAACUGGAAACUCUGAACAGUCUGGGGUGCAUGAGCUCCAUGAACCUAGUUAUGACGAAGCAGACUCUCCUACACAUGGAGCUUUUCCUGCUAGAAUCCUUCCAGUGGAACCUGUACCUUCCCACAGCAGCUCAUUUUAUAGAAUACUACCUUUCUAUUGCAGUUCACAAGGGAGACCUACAUGAUGGCUGGCCUCUGUCCUGUCUGGAGAAAACAAAACUCUAUAUGGCCAAAUAUGCUGAUUACUUCCUGGAAGUCUCCCUGCAAGAUCAUGUGUUUUUAUGCUUUGCACCCUCCCUGGUGGCUGCUGCAUGUGUGGCUGCCUCACGCUUCAUCCUGCAUGUAUCCCCAACGUGGGCACCCCGAUUGCAGCAGCUCACAGGCUAUUCAUGGGAGAACCUAGUCCCAUGUGCCGAGAAACUCCUCAAUGCACAUGACAGUGAUGUCAAAGAGGCCAACAAGCAGAAGUGCCAGCAGCUCGGCCAACAACCACAGCAGCAAAGUCAGAAGGUCUUCCAUAGUUCAAGCCAGGCAGCCCAGUACCUGCACCGGUCCGGCAUGCAGUAUAGCCAGCAAGCUACACAGCCAGCUUUAGCCGCAAACCAUAGGCCUGCCUCAUAUGUGGCCCGCAUCACUAAUCUGCAGCUCUCAAAUGGCCACCUGCAGGGCAGUUCUCAGGUCAUCACUGCUUUGUUGGAUCCAAAGUCUAACCUUACUAACAGAGCUUACCAAGUCGGCAUGCGCUACAGUUGUGCUCCAUGCUUUGACAGGUGAUGGACGUUUGGGAUUGAGUGAUUGAGAAGAAACUAAAUUUCGCCAAAUGGGUAUUCCACUGAAUGUAAAAGCAUGCUUUUAAUUUGAAGCGACUUGACGAGAUGAAUGCAGCACUUUGGAUCACAAGGUUUAAGCAAUGUGCAAUCUGCAUGCUGUCGCAAUUUUCUGUUGGAGAGCCAGUAUUAGGAUUUUUGUUCUAUUGUAUGGGUGCUGCCUGAGUACCACUAGUGACUUUGCACUAUUGUAUUACUAGUAUCACUAUAAUUUUGUAUCAGGUCACAAUUUUAUUUAAGUCAAAGUACCUAAGAUGUAUUGAAAAGAAAGUGCCUUUCAGCUGUGUUGCUCAUAACUGCUCAGUUGAGGCAAUAACAGCAUGGGGUUCAUGUCCGUUUUUGGGCAGUGAAUUUUUUUGUGAGCGCAAUUGUUGUAUUUUUCUGUACGAGUAUAGAUUUUUUUGUUUACAUAUUUGUGAACUGUGGAAAGAAUCAGUUCACAUGCAGAGAAAUUGUUGCUCUUCUGUAGACAGAUUAUUUCAGUCAGUGCUGUGCACUAAUGCCCAUUUUAGAUAAAAUGCAAAUCUCUGUUGAACGUAA